CCAGCUGCAAAUAUGAGGACAAUCCUGAUUAUCUCCCUCCUCAGCUGCUUCUUUGCAGCUAACAAUGCCAAAGUCUUCUCCAAAUGUGAGCUGGCCCGCCAGCUGAAGGCUCAUGGAAUGGAUGGCUUCCAUGGCUACAGCUUGGCAAACUGGGUCUGCAUGGCUGAGCAUGAGAGUAGCUUCAACACCCGGGCUUUUAAUGGAAGAAACUCCAAUGGCAGUAGUGACUAUGGGAUCUUCCAGCUGAACAACCAGUGGUGGUGCAAGGACAACAAGUUUCCCUCAGAAAAUGCCUGCAACAUAAUGUGCAGCAAAUUUCUGGAUGAUAACAUCAGUGAUGACAUCAACUGUAUCAAGAGGGUUGUGAGAGAUCCUAACGGGAUGUCUGCUUGGGUGGCCUGGGUAAAUCACUGCAAAAACAAGAAUUUGUCCCAAUACCUGGCCGGCUGUCAACUGUGAGACUGUCCUUGAAUAUGGCUCCUGGAGAAGGUGGCCCAGAAGGCAGGGCAAUGCUUCAAGAUCCUAGGAAGCUCUGCAUGUUCCCCCAUCUUUGCCUCCAAAAUAAAAAUUACU